AUGGUCCUUACUUGUACGAUAAGCGGAGAACCCGCUGAAGAACCUGUAGUCGCGCCUUCUGGUCACAUUUAUGAACGGCGACUUAUUGUAAAAUAUAUUAUGGAAAAUGGAGUCGAUCCAGUCAGUAACGACUCGUUGAGCGAGAGUCAGGUAUUUUCAAACUACGCAAACAUCGUCGCGUUUGGUAAGCGAUUUCGUUUUGAGUUGAUUCCACUGAAAACCGGUGCUGUGGAUACGAUUCCUCGUAAUGUGGCUGGUACGUCCAUUCCAUCACUCCUGAAGAUGCUGCAAGACGAAUGGGACAGUGUGAUGCUGAAUAGCUUCUCCCUUCGGCAACAACUGCAGACCGCUCGUCAGGAACUUUCGCAUUCACUCUAUCAGCACGACGCCGCAUGCCGGGUUAUCGCCCGCCUCACGAAGGAACUAACAGCAGCUCGUGAAGCGCUCUCUACGCUCAAGCCACAUGCUGCCCAUGUUGCUCAUGCUGGUGCUGGAGACAUCGACAUGGAGCAAAGUGUGGAUGAAGCACAAGGAAUUUCUGAGGCGGUUUUGGCACGACUGGACGAAAAGGCGAAGACUCUAACAGCAGCGCGCAAGCAGCGUGGUAAAAAUUUACCGGAAGAGCUAGCUAAGCAGGACGAGUUUGCAUCUUUCCGUGAAUCAGCAUGCCAUACUGGAAUUCACAGCACUGGAGUACCAGGAAUUACAGCUCUCGAUGUGCAGGGAAAAAUGGUACUUACCGGAGGCGCCGAUAAAACCGUUGUUUUGUUUAACUCAGAGAAAGAACAAGUGCAGGACGUUUUUAAAGGACACCAGAAGAAAAUCAAUGCCGUCAUCCUUCACUCAAAUUCGAAAAAUACAGUCUCAGCAAGCUCUGAUGCUCAGGUACGAGUGUGGACUACAGGAGAGGAGACCUGCAAGGCCAUAAUCGAUAUCCACCAAGCUGCCGUUACUGAUAUUUCUCUUCAUGCUACCGGAGAUUAUGUUCUUUCUGUGUCGGAUGAUUCACAUUGGGCGCUCAGCGAUGUGAAUACUGGGAAGACGUUGUGCAAGGUGCGAGCCGACGAUAAUUCUUCCGUCGCUGUUUGUUGUGGGCAGUUCCAUCCAGAUGGUCUAAUUUUCGGUACUGGUACCGCAGAUGCUGUUGUGAAAAUUUGGGAUCUCAAAGAACAGACAAACGUUGCCAAUUUCCCUGGUCAUCAAGGUGCAGUGCGAGCGAUUUCAUUCUCCGAGAAUGGCUACUAUUUGGCCACCGGUGCAGAAGACGGCGAACUUAAACUAUGGGACCUCCGAAAGCUGAAAAACCUAAAGACAUUGAGUUUGCAUGACGGAAAGCACUCUAUUAACAACAUUUGUUUCGACCACUCUGGGACAUAUUUGGCAGUGGGAUCGAGCGAUGUAGAAGUGUUGCAUGUAAAAUCGUGGCAGGUUAGUGAAGCAAGCGGUGUGUAA